AUGGGAAAGAUGGUGGAGAUAGGGAUGAAGAAAGGGCCAUGGACGCCUGAAGAAGAUGAGAUUUUGUCAAGUUAUAUUAAGAGAGAAGGAGGAGGGAGGUGGCGGACACUGCCCAAGAAGGCGGGGCUCCGGCGGUGUGGGAAGAGCUGCCGCCUCCGGUGGAUGAAUUACCUCCGUCCAUCUGUCAAACGAGGCGGCAUCUCACCGGAGGAAGAAGACCUCAUCCUCCGCCUCCACCGCCUUCUUGGAAACCGGUGGGCUUUGAUAGCGGGAAGAAUUCCGGGGAGAACAGAUAAUGAGAUAAAGAACUAUUGGAACACGAAGCUUAGUAAGAAGUUGAUUAGUCAAGGGAUUGAUCCAAGAACUCAUAAACCAUUAUCAUCUUCUUCUUCAAACCCUAAUUCUCUGAAUUUUGUUCGUUUAUCUUGUUCAAUGGAACAACCGGAAGUGGGUUUGCCAAAUCCCAGUGAAAUCAUCUCAAACCCUAAUUCCAACAAAGAUGAAAAUAAAGAAGAUGAUAUUCUUAGCUACUCUGCUGAUGAUGCUUUCUUGGAUUCGUUAAUAAAUGAAGAAAUAAACAAAACAAAAGUCGUCACCCAGCUCCGCCUUGACGCCGUCGCUCCUCUGUUUGUUGACCAGGUUCCGGUGUAUUCCAAUAUCUUGAAUCCCCUUUUCAAAACCCAAUCCCUGAAAUUCCUCGAUAUCUCCAUGAAUUCGUUGGUAGGUGAGAUCCCUGAAGAUGUGUUUGGUAACCUCACCGGACUUGUUCAUCUUGAUAUAAUGCAUAACAGCUUCAAUGACUCCAUUCCCGACCAACUUUUCCGAUUAACAAAGUUACGUUAUUUGGAUAUGAGCAUGAAUUCGCUUGAAGAUGGACUAGGCUUCAGACUUGACAACAUUAAAGGUGAGUGUGAAUCGUUUCCAGGGUAUGAUUGUUUAAUCGCUUUUCAAACUUGA